AUGGCUAUCACCAAGAUCUUCGGUCGUCAAGUGAGUGGUUGUCUCAUACCUUGUGGUCACAACCUGCUGUUGCUCAUGGGACGUGGUCUGGUGCUUGCCUGCUCAGGUCUGGGACUCGCGCGGAAACCCGACGGUUGAAGGUCAGUGCAGGACACAUGGCUUACGCUGCACGUGACACGCAUCACUGACGUUGCCUUGCCGCUUCCUUGAACACAGUUGACGUUCACACUGAAAAGGGUCAGUGAUCGUGGCUCUCGAGCACAACAGCUUGCAGCCCCACCGCAACGUGUCCGCCGCGCCUUUGCUCGAUUCGUCAUGCCAAUCUGGCAACCACGUCCCAUCCCCGUGUCCCCGUGUCCCCGUCGCAGGUCUCUUCCGUGGUACGGUUCCUUCCGGUGCCUCGACCGGUAUUCACGAGGCCGUCGAGCUCCGUGACGGCGACAAGUCCAAGUACGGUGGCAAGGGUUAGUUUUCCCACUCUCUCCCUUCCCCGUCCUGAAGGUCUUUAUCGAAACGAGGGCCAACCCGCAACGGUGGCCCUGCGCUUCGCUGUCUCCGGGAACCGGCGCUGACAGUAUCGCUUCAUACCCACACCGCCAGGUGUCCACAAGGCCGUUGCCAACGUCAACGAUGUGAUCGCCCCCGCCUUGAUCAAGGAGAACAUCGACAUCACCGACCAGAAGAAGAUUGACGAGUUCCUGAUCCAGCUCGACGGCACCCCCAACAAGGGCAAGCUCGGUGCCAACGCCAUCCUCGGUGUCUCGAUCGCCGUCGCCAAGGCCGCUGCGGCCGAGAAGGUGUGUUUUCUAGCACUGUGAUCUUGACGCCUACUGUGGAGCUAGGACCUUGCGCACCGUUGCUGCCAUCCCUUGCCUGCGCUCCGCUCUGAGGGGGCGGCGGCGGCGGAGUGGGGUGACGAUAGGUCCACGAAUCGAGCCAGGAGCUGACUCUCUUCUUUGCACGGCUUCAUAUCUCCUCUAGGGUGUCCCCCUCUACCAACACUUUGCCGAGCUCGCCGGCGUCAAGCCCCCUUAUAUCCUCCCCGUCCCCGCCUUCAACGUCAUCAACGGCGGCUCCCACGCCGGCAACGCCCUCGCAUUCCAAGAAUUCAUGCUCUUGCCCGUCGGCGCCAAGGACUUUAACGAGGCCAUGCAGAUGGGUACCGAGACCUACCACAGUACGCGCACUGAUACGAAUGGUAUGCAAAGUUGGAGGAGUUGAGGAUUGAAUCGUCUCCCCUUCCGCUCAACAGUCCUCAAGGCCGUCAUCAAGAAGAAGUACGGUCAAGAUGGCGAGUUGGUGUCAAGUGCCCAUCAUAUGAAGUUGAGGCUCCAAGUACUGAUCGACAUUUUCAUCUUUCAGCCGUCAACGUUGGUGACGAGGGUGGAUUUGCUCCCAACGUCCAGGGUGCCGAGGACUCGCUCGAGCUCCUCAAGGAGGCGAUCGAGAAGGCUGGCUACACCGGCAAGGUCAAGAUCGGUCUUGACGUUGCCUCGUCCGAGUUCUACAAGGACGGCAAAUACGAUCUCGAGUGCGUACAGAGUAAAAACAGAGUCGGCCUCGAAGCGGAGAUCUGACUCAUCUCCUACGCUCUGUCUUCGCACAGCUUCAAGAACCCCAACUCGGACCCGUCCAAGUGGCUCACCGGUGUCCAGUUGUCCGAGGUCUACUCCAAGAUGGUCCAGGACUACGACAUCAUCUCGAUCGAGGAUCCCUUCGACCAGGACGACUGGGAGGCGUGGUCGCACUUGCGCGCCAAUUCGCCGAUCCAGAUCGUCGGUGACGAUUUGACCGUCACGAACCCGAUCCGCAUCAAGACCGCGAUCGAGAAGAAGGCGUGCAACGGCCUCUUGCUCAAAGUCAACCAGAUCGGUACCAUCACCGAGUCGAUCGCCGCGGCUCAGCUCUCGCAGUCCGACGGAUGGGGUGUCAUGGUCUCUCACCGAUCCGGUGAGACUGAGGACACGACCAUCGCUGAUCUCGUUGUUGGUCUCGCUGUCGGUCAGAUCAAGACUGGUGAGUUCUCGGAUGGACUCGUUGGCGGCGUCGCUAUCGUGGGUCGAUUUGAAGCUGACCCUUACACCUCUUGAUAUAAGGUGCUCCUUGCCGUUCCGAGCGUGUGGCCAAGUACAACCGAUUGAUCCAGAUCUACGAGGAGAUCGGAUCGUCGGCCCAGUUCGCCGGUGACAAGGGUCUUUCGUCCGGACCCAACCCCGCCCCUCUCGCCAAGCAGUAG